AUGGCGGUGAACGCUGUUCGAUUGCCGGUGACUCAGCUUCACGGAGUAAUCUCUGGCAAUCUGUCAUUAACCAAUCGCAAACCAAGCUCCGUCGUACGAUUCGGCUGCGGAUCUUCGCAGCGCUGCCGUUCCAUAUCCGUCUUGUCGACACAGCUGGAAGACGAUGAUUUUGGUAGAGACGAUUCCGUCAGGUCUAUGGAGGUGAAGAAGAUUCUGGACGAAUCGCCCCUGCUUCCUAAGCCUUUAUCAUCAAACAAGCUCGCACAAUCUGUCUCCAACGGAUCUCGCGUUCGUGUGGCCUAUCAGGGAGUACCAGGUGCAUACAGUGAAUCAGCAGCUGAGAAGGCAUACCCAAACUGUGAAGCUGUUCCAUGCGAAGAGUUUGACACUGCAUUCGAGGCAGUUGAGCGGUGGCUUGUUGACAGAGCAGUUUUACCGAUUGAGAACUCAUUAGGUGGAAGCAUCCAUAGAAACUAUGAUCUCCUGCUGCGGCACAAUUUGCAUAUUGUAGGCGAAGUCAAGCUAGCUGUUCGACAUUGUUUAUUGGCUAACCACGGUGUCAAUAUUGAAGAUCUGAGAAGGGUCCUUAGCCAUCCACAGGCUCUCGCACAAUGUGAGAACACGCUAACCAAAUUGGGAUUGGUUAGAGAAGCAGUAGAUGACACUGCUGGUGCUGCACAGCAAAUUGCGUACGAAAAAUUAGGCGAUGCAGCAGCAGUUGCCAGCGCAGAAGCUGCAAAGAUAUAUGGUUUGAACAUAAUUGCUGAAGAUAUCCAGGAUGACUGUGAUAAUGUAACAAGGUUUCUAAUGCUAGCAAGGGAACCCAUUAUCCCUGGAACUAACAGACUUUUCAAGACAAGUAUAGUUUUCUCGUUAGAGGAAGGGCCUGGAGUUCUUUUCAAAGCACUUGCUGUGUUUGCCCUUAGGGAAAUCAACCUCACAAAGAUCGAAAGCCGCCCUUUAAGGAAACACCCUCUGCGAGCAUCUGGAGGGCUAAAAUACUUUGAUUACCUUUUCUACGUGGACUUUGAAGCAUCCAUGGCUGAUGAAGUUGCUCAGAACGCACUUAGGCAUCUCGAGGAAUUUGCUACUUUUUUGCGAGUACUAGGAAGCUACCCAGUAGACACUUCAAUGCUCUAA